CAAAUUAACAGUUACAUAUAUAGUCAAGCAUUUCAGUUUUCUAUUCCCACCCAGAAAUGGAAAAGACAUUCAUGGAUGAAGCAAUUGCCAGUAGCUCCCUUGCACUUGUUGGAGUUCUGUUUCUCCUAAUGAUUAUUAAGUGUCUCAUUGUGCAGUUCGUUCUACACUUGUCAAGUUUAAGGUAUGCACUUCAAUUCUCUGUGAGUUGCUUACUUACUACUGGUCUGCGCAAUGUUAGCCGGGAUAAUCAGACCAAGAUCACAAACCAGAAAGCUAGCAUUUACGAGACAGUAGGUGUCGAAGAGAGCACGAAAGACUUGGGUGACAAGAAACUGUGUCUAGGAGAAUUAGCAUCGGUUGUGGAGAAUCUGGGAAGAUUAUGUGAUGAUAAUGGGUCUAAGGAGAUGGCUGACUUGCUUGAGGAGGAACCCAGCUUGGAGGAAGUGAAAGAAGCCUUUCAUUUGUUUGAUGAAAAUACCGAUGGUUUCAUCGAUGCAGGGGAGAUCAAGAAGGUUCUCCAUGUAUUAGGUUUCGUCCAAGCUUCGGAGUCGGAAUGCAAGAGAAUGAUCAAGACCUUCGAUCACAAUGGAGAUGGACGUAUAGACUUUGAGGAAUUUCUUAAGCUCAUGGAGGAUAGCUUUUGCUGAAUUGAAGAACCUAAAUGUUUCGUAACAAUUCGGAAGAGUGGCCUAGUAGUGGUUAAAAGUCAAACUUCACGCGCAUUGCUUGCUUUCUUUCUUUCUUGUCCGUCUUUAUUUCAUUCUACUCUGAAUGUUUUAAAACCAUCUAGAUUUCCGAUUUCAUGUUCUUGUAAAUAUAAGGGUAAGGCUCUAAGUUGCAAAAGGAGUAAUGUGAAAUGGUCUACCUUAAGCACAAGACUGCAAAAAUGUUUCAAGUACGUGCCACACUGCCACAGGAGCUAGCUGGCUAGCAAAGAAGAUGUAUGGGAGGAAUUUGGUGCACACGUAGUUGUAUGCAAGAAAAGCUCACAUUAUGACUAUGAUGUAACUUGAUCUACUCCCCAGAGCUUAAAGGAAAA